AUGGGUACUAACAUGAAUGACUCUAAAGUUGACCUACAUAAUUCAAGUUUAUCUUCGACUCUCUCUAAUCUUACCAACAAUAAUAAUUUCAUAAGCAAAAGCAUACACAGGACGGAUUUAUCUCCUGCUUGGAUAGAGAUGGAUCAAAAUUCCAAGAGUCAGCAUCACCUCGGUAUCAACAAGCUCGGAAGGAACAUCCGCAAGAGCCCUCUUCACCAGACCAAUUUUCAGAAGCUUCCGCCGGCGGCGCUUCACCUGCAGCAGUCGGCUCCGCCGCCGCAACCCCAGGUGUACAACAUCAGCAAAAGUGACUUCCGGAGCGUCGUACAGCAGCUAACCGGGAGCCCCGCCAGGGAUGCGAGUGGAGCCGGAUACCUGCCGGUGCCGGCCCGUCCGCCGCAGCCGAAGCAUCCCAGCUCGCGGCUUAUGAAGAUUCGACCGCCUCCACUUACCCCGAUCGCUCGUCCGCCGCCGCCUCCUCCUUUUCAGAAUCAGCUACCAAACCCUAACCCUAAUUUCAAUCCGAAUCCUGCUUACCAUCGUCCAGCGCCAUCGCCAUCUGCUCCUGGUAGCGCUGUCUGGACUGACUCGCCUGUUUCCGCUUACAUGAGGUACCUUGAGAGUUCUCUUCUAGCAUCGGAUGGUUCCAGGCAGCCGCAGCCUCGCGCCCAGGGCCUACCUCAUUUUCCUCAUCCUAAAGCAACCGCAGCUGGCUCCUUCCCCUCGCCCAGGGGAAACCCUCCCCCUUCAGCGCUGCCGCCUUCGCAGCCGGCCAUGUUGCCGUCUCCAGGAUUACAGUUCCCACUGCUGUCUCCAGGAUCGCAGUUUCUGCUUCCAUCUCCAGGCGCCCCGUUUCCCUUGCCAUCUCCGAACUCACAGUUUCCGUUACCGUCACCAAGUUCGUUUUUGAAUCUUCUUUCGCCCAAAUCGCCCUAUCCGCUGCUUUCUCCCAGGUUUCAGUAUCCAACGCAUCUCACUGCUGAUUUCUCCUUCUCACCAUUGCCCCAGUCAGGAAUAUUGGGUCAAGGGCCUGGGUUUCAGCCGCCGCCUUCUCCGACUUAUUUGUUUCCACCUUCACCCUCUGGGUUCCUUCCUUUGCUUAGCCCUAGAUGGAGGGAGAUGUAGAUUAUUGGCAUUGAAUGAAGCUGCGUUGGUAAAUGCUUCAUCUUCUUUAUUCCAUUUUAUAGAUCCGAGUUUCUGAAUCAUCAUAUCUUGGGCAUUGUAGCAAUCGUGAUUGUAAUCUGCUUUGACAAUAGAAAAUAGAGAGGAGUAGAUCAGUUGAAAGCGUUUUAAAAAAAAGUGUGAUUAUUGGUUUAGGCAAAGCUGGCAGUCUUUCUUCAUCUUGAAAUUUGACUAACCUUGAAGGAGUAAGGUGUAUGGAGGCUUUUAUGACAGGUUCAGCUCAGCAAUCAAUUCGUAGCUAUUUAACUAGACGAAGGCUUUUGUUAAAUACUUGUAUGUAACUUUAUGAUUGAACUCAUUGAUUUUAUUUGAUUGAGAAACCUUUUAGAUGAUAGACGUUUUCUUAAUUGUAUUUACCUGAAAUAUCAGCUAGUUCUGAUCUUCUUAGUCC